CAGUAAACCCCAAAAUCCCAAUUGGAGGAAGCAACAAGUUACCAGAGAACCAGCAAGGGUCUCGGUUAGUGGCUUUUUCUUAGCUUUCAAGUACUUAGCCGCUGAUUUUGUGUUCCAAUUAUGCUUGGUUUUAGCCGUAGAAGAUUGCAAAUACUAUUCCCCAGUCGUAGUAAUGCUGCUAGUUCGCUUAUGCAUCCUCAUGUUACAAGAUUAUAUACAUCGAAACCAAUGUCAGGAAGUACCCAAGAUGAAAAAGAUGGGUCUUUUGCUGUUUCAUACCUUGUAGAUUCAUGUGGGUUAUCUCCAGAACUUGCUCUCUCUUUGUACAAGAAGAAGAGGGUACGGUUUGCAUCCCCAGAAAAACCAGAUUCAGUUGUUAAGCUUCUUAGGGAGUAUGGAUUUGGGGAAACCCACGUUUCCAAAAUUGUCAAGAAACUCCCAGAGAUGCUCUCACUCAAUGCUGAGAAGAUCCUUUUGCCGAAACUCGAGUUCUUUGUCUCUGUUGGAAUUACAGGCACUGCCCUGGCUGAGGCCCUUUCUGGCAACCCAAUUGUGUUGCGCAUGAGCUUAGAGAAUACUAUCAGACCUUGUUAUGCUAUCAUUAGGACUCUAGGUAUCCCUAAUGGGAGGAUCCCUCGUUUCAUCAAGUAUUCACCAUAUUCGUUUAAUGUCAAAGCACUGGGAAAUGUUGCUCGAAAUGUUCCAUUUUUGAGGUCACUAAAAGUGCCGGAGUCCACACUCGAUUUAUGUAGGCCCCAUAAUCUUCUUGCAGUGUCAACCGAUGCCAAAGAGUUUGAUGAAAAUGUCAACAAGGUCAUUAGCAUGGGAUUUUCUCCUUCAAGCUUUUCAUUUAUGAAAGCACUGUAUGUGUCUUCUGUGUUGGAAGAGUCAAAAUUGGAACAGAGGAAGGAGUUUUAUAAGAAGUCUGGUUGGAAUGAAAGUGAUAUAUUGUUGGCAUUUAGUAAGUAUCCCAGUUUUAUGGUCCUCAGUGAGGAGAAAUUUUCGAGUAAAAUGGAUUUUCUUGUGAACAAAAUGGGCUUGCAGCCGGCUGAGGUGGCUAAGUAUCCCUGGGUUCUACUUUAUAGCUUGGAGGAGUGGAUUAUACCUAGGUAUUCAGUUAUUAAAGUUCUGCUAUUGAAGGGUUUGAUAAGGUUGGAACAAUUUUCUUUACUUGGUACCGCAUUAAUGUGCAAGAAAGACUACUUCUUGCAUAGGUUUGUGAACAAGCAUCAAGAGCAAGUACCCGAAUUAUUGAGCAUCUUUCAUGGGAAAGUUGGUCUUGCCGAACUGGGCUUAGAAUUUGAGGAAACAGAUGGAGUGAAACAAAUAUAAGACAAACUUGGCAUGCUUGUUUAUAUUUAUUACAAGGGUCAUUAAAGAACCAAUUAUUCAAUAAUAUGAGUUCUGCAGUCAGAAAUAUUUU